AUGUGUUUCUUUUUUCAUAUCCUUAAAAAAAAAAAGUUUCCCUCUCCGCCAAGCGCGCUCUCUUUUUUUUGUUUGUUUGUUUUUUUCCUUUUUUGUUGUUUGUGGCUUUUCUUCUCAUCAUCUUUUGUGUGUGUUUCACGUUCUUUUUUUUUCUUUUUUGUUUUGUUUUUUUUUUUUUUUCCCCGGGAUUUCCUGCGUCAGCCCUUUCCCCACGGUGCCACGCUGCGCCCAGGCGGGCAGGAUCCGGCCUCGCUGGGCCAUCCCGGGGCUGCUUGGGGGGGGGGUGUAAAUGCUCUGGGGGGGUGGCGGGGGGCCAGGGGGGGCCGGGGGAGGCGAGCAGGGUGCGGGUGCAGGUGCGGGAUGCGGGCGGUCCAUGGGGUGCCCCACGGGGUGCCGGCGGCGGCCUUGGGCCAUCCCUCGGUGGCUUCGCGCCGGUGUCCCCGCGGCUGUGCCGUCACCUUGCGGGAGGCGUCGGGGCCUUCGCCAGCCCCUGCUCGUCUCCGGGUGCCACGUGCCGGGUCCCCUGCUCUAAGGCACUGCCCGCGGCGCGGCGCGGCCGGGUCAGACCCGCUCGGUCCCCACGUCCCCUUCCUGGGCGCGGUGACAUCUCGCCGUGGGACGGGGCCACCGCCGGGCUCUUCCUCGUGUGCUCGCCGUGAGCGAUGCGUUGGUGUCAGCGCACUGGUGCCGAUGGAGCGAUGCUCACCGCGGUGCUGGCACGGCGACGGUGCCGGUGGGCGACGCUGCGUGGCGAUGCCCUGGUGCCGGCGCAGCGACGCUCCGGUGCCAAUGUGCGGUGCUCCGGUGGUGCCAACGGGCGAUGCUCCGGUGCUGGCGUGCAACACUGGGGCCGGUGUGCAAAGCUCGGUGCCGGCAUGCGAUGCUUGGUGUCACCGCGCCGUGCUCGGUGCCGGCCUGCAGUGCUCCGUGCCGGUGUGUGAUGCUUGGUGCCAGCGUGCAAAGCUUGGUGCCGGCGUGCAGUGCUCAGUGCCGGUGUGCAAUGCUCGGUGCCGGUGUGCGAUGCUCGGUGCCGGUGUGCGAUGCUUGGUGCUGGCACAGCGAUGCUCCAGCGCUGGGGGCUCCUUCGGGACCCGGCCCCUGCCGCCCUCCCCGCCGCGCCACGGCGAAAUUGAGGCACUUGAAGCAGCGGGCAGGGUGCCCCCGCGGUGGGGCUGGGGCCGGAGGCACGGCGGGGGCUCUGUGGGGGGGCUCCGGGAGUGGCUCUGCGGUCACCUUCACUCUCGUCCUCCUCUUCUCCAUCGUUUUUUUAAUUAAAAAAACAAAAAACAAAAAACAAAAAACAAAAAACCAACAAGCCAGCCAUCCCAGCAAGCCAGUGCCAGGGGCUCCCGUCUCUUCUUCCUCCUCCUCAUUCUCCUCCUCCUCCUUUUUUGUGAUUUUUUCUUUUUUUGUGUGUGUGUUUUCUUUCUUUCUUUUUUUUUUUUUUUUUAAGAUUCCCUCUUAAAAGUGCAUUUCCUACAAAAUGUGCAACACAAUCGAACCCUCUCGUCGCAAGUCCACAUGGUACCUGUCCACAGGAAUGCAUAGCUUGGACACACGGACGCACACCCCGGCACAGCCCCGCCCCCCCCCCCCAGGCACCGGGACACACAAGGACACACGGGGACACGUGGGGACACAUUGGGACACACAGGGAUGCGUGGGGACACGCGGGGACACAGGCUGUGGGGAGCGACGAAGGCAUUGCACAAAGACGGGUGACCGGUGUCACACCACGGGGGGAGCGUCCCCACGCCGUGUCCCCGUGGGUAACGGGGCGCCACCGCCGGCACAGGUCCCCAGCCCUGCCCAUGUGUCCCCCUGUCCCCAGCCCCUCUCCUGCAAGACCUCCUGCCAGGCCACGCUGGCCACCGCGUUACCGCAUCACCGUGUCACCACGCCACCGCACCACCACGCCACUGCAUCACCGCGUCCCCGUGUCACCGCGUCACCGUGUCACCGCGUCACCCCGUCACCGCAUCACCCGUCCCCAAGGCGCGACCACGGCACGGAGCAUCGGACCGGGAGCCACAAGACAGUGAGCGCGGCCGCGGCCACGUCCCGCAGGCGCCGUCAGGACGCGUUCACCCGAGGGCCACCGCCACCCCCCCGGCCCCCCGAGAGCCUGCAUGGGGGUCCCGGGGGGGAGGAGGGCAGCGCGGGGGGGUUUGUUCUUUUCUACUCACAUAGAGG